UUACAUCGUCUCAUUCUCCGGUUCCCAUUUUGAAAUCAUUCACUCACCCCAACUUCAACCAGGUGCUGCUUCAGAGCGAGAGGAGAUAAAUUUCGAAGAUCACCUCUUUUUACCACAAAUCUAGCCAAGAUGAGUACCAUGAAGUUUUGCCGAGAAUGCAACAACAUUCUCUACCCUAGAGAAGAUAAAGACCAAAAGAUCCUCCUCUAUGCUUGCCGCAACUGCGAUCAUCAGGAGGUUGCAGAUAACAACUGUGUGUACAGAAAUGAGGUACACCAUACAGUUGGGGAGAGAACUCAAGUCUUGCAGGAUGUUGCUGCUGAUCCAACUCUUCCCCGCACUAAAGCAGUUAGAUGUGCUCAAUGUGGUCAUGGAGAGGCUGUUUUCUUCCAGGCAACUGCAAGAGGGGAAGAAGGUAUGACAUUGUUUUUCGUGUGCUGCAAUCCCAACUGUGGCCAUAGGUGGAGGGAUUGAGAGACAAGAAAUCAGUAUGAAUUUUAAAGGUUUUUUUGGAACAAACCAAACUUAUGAUUGAUUGGAAAAUGUGGAUGAAAAUUUGUGACAUUUUUAAGUGUGAUCCUAAUCCUAAUGAUGACUAAUGUAUGAUUAGGAGGAAUGUGAGUUUGAAUCACUUCAUCUAUGAAAUGGUGUCGAAAAGUUAAAGUUA